AUGCCUAUUCCUGCAAGCUCAAUGCCCGCCGGUGCUCAUGGUCCUUCUACCUUUGACAAACUCAAGAUGGGUGCCAUGAUGGGCAGCAGUGUCGGUCUCAUCAUCGGCUUCAUCUUUGGUGCAACAAACAUUGUCAGAUUCGGCCCUGGUCCAAAUGGAAUGCUGAGAACCUUGGGCCAAUACAUGGCCGGUUCCGCCGCCACCUUUGGAUUCUUCAUGUCCAUCGGUUCAACUAUUCGCACAGAAGGCACCUCGGCUAUCGCCAACCAGGCCUACGCAAACGCCUAUCGCAAGCCUUUCAUUCUGCCCAGGCAACGCUCUGAUCGCUCAUAA